GUCGCGGUCACAUCGAAACCCGAUAAUCGGUUGGUCGACAGGAAAAGAACGAUGAAGCAUCAAGUACAAGUCGACGAGGAGUACGACAAGCUGAUCAGGCCCAUCCUGGUAAUCAGCAAAUUGAUCGCCGUCUGGCCCUUGAAAGAAGAUCGUCCUUUCAGCGCGACCGUGUUCAGAAUCUGCCACGUGGUCUUCUUGCUUUUCAUGCUUCUCUCGCUGUCCAUCGCCUUGACCAUCGACAUAUUUUACAACACCAACGAUGUAGACGAGGUGAACGAGCGUAUUUUAUUCGGCUGUGUCUGUUAUCUCUCCGUGAUACGCGUCAUCAUCUUCUCGUUUCAUCAGAAGGACAUUCUCUAUGUGAUCGAGGCCAUGAGGAACGACUGGAUCGGCUCGUCUUACGAGGAGAGAGCUAUCCUGAGGAACAAGUGUCUGCUUGCGUACCGACUCGCCAAAUACUUCAUAACCGUAAUAGUCGGAAACGGAUUCGUGUACGUGCUCGUACCAAUUUUCGAGAUGAAUUUUCUAUCGGAUGUGGAGAGGACGCUUCCCUUUCACGGUUAUUUUUUCGCCAAUCAGACAGUCUCGCCGAUCUACGAGUACCUGUAUGUCGUCGAUGCAAUCGGUGGUUUGUCAGCGGGUUGGACGGUCGCUAGUGCGACUAGUUUCACUCUCAUCGUGGCAAUACACGGAUCAGUGAAAUUCAUGAUGCUGCAGAGGAGGCUGGAGACGAUAAAGAGGGAUGAUCCCGAUGUCGACAGAGUCAUCGCCAACUGCAUCAGGCGUCAUCAAGAUGCAAUCACUUUCGCGGAUGCGUUCGAGAGGAUUUCAAAUCUCUUGGUGUUAGGACAGUUUGUUACUAGCAUCGGUCUGGUUUGUUUUGCGGGAUUUCAACUCGCCAUAAUGCUGCACGAUAACAUACAGCUAUAUCAGACCUUGAUCUUUCUGAUCUUGACUAUCCUCGAGUUAUACAUGUUCAGUCUAAGUGGAAAUAAAUUAAUAAUCGAGAGCGACGCCGUUGGCGAAUCGGCUUACCGGAGCGAUUGGAUCGGCGGCACUUUUGGCCGAAGCCUGCAAAUCGUGAUGAUACGGUCGAGAAUUCCCUCCAGGAUCACCGUCGGCAAGUUCUGCGACGUGUCUCUCAGAAGCUUCACCCAAGUGCUCAGUACGUCUUUCUCCUACAUGAUGGUCCUAUUCACGAUCAUGACCGAAGAAUAAGAAUCGCGGUGCCGGAGUUCCAUCUGACAGAGAGAAUAUGCUUGAGAAAGACGGUUACAGAAGGCGAUUAGCGACAGCAUCGUCUAGUGAUAGGAGAGAGUGCCUUGGGGAGUUCCUCAAGUAGACGUCUAGCGCCUGGAAGAAUCUACUCAUCGCUACUUGGGGUCCCUCCUUAUAUCCUUAUAUGCUGCGUGUUGGAUCUUGUUUGCGAGAGAACGCGCCGCGCCGCAAGCAAGCCGGUGGCAGUGGCGCCAUGUACUAUUCUGAAGCGCCUGGCGCUUCAUUGACUUGUGGCUGUCACGUAGGCCGGCCGCAACUUUUAUAUCGUAUAGUGGUGGUGUCAUGCCUUUAAUCCUUUUUUUAGCAUCAAUUAAAAUUUUCUAUAUUUGUGGAUUUAUUCGAACUAUAUUUAUGGCAAAUUUUAUUAAAAUUGGAA